AUGGCGAAUGGGAUGUGCUUCAGCUCUGCAAUGAGGCGUCUGUGGCUCUGUGUCGGGCUUGUGAGCAUCACCUGCCGCCUGAGCCUCUCCCAGGAAGUGACUGGAACUCCCAAAGAGGCCGAACUGAACAACAACAUCACCAUCUUCACCCGCAUCCUGGACGGCCUGCUGGACGGCUACGACAACAGACUGCGCCCCGGACUGGGAGAGAAGGUGACUGAGAUCAAAACCAACAUCUUUGUCACGAGCUUUGGGCCGGUCUCUGACACUGAGAUGGAAUACACCAUCGACGUGUUCUUCCGUCAGAGCUGGAAAGACGAGAGGCUUUGCUUCAAAGGCCCGAUGGAGAUGCUUCCUCUGAAUAACCUCCUGGCCAGUAACAUCUGGACUCCGGACACCUUCUUCCUCAACGGGAAGAAGUCCAUCGCUCACAACAUGACGACGCCCAACAAGCUGCUGCGGCUGAAAGACGACGGCACGCUGCUGUACACCAUGAGACUGACGAUCUCAGCAGAGUGCCCCAUGCAGCUGGAGGACUUCCCCAUGGACGCCCACGCUUGUCCCCUGAAGUUUGGGAGCUAUGCGUAUCCGGUCUCGGAGGUGGUCUACACGUGGACUCAGGAAGCAGCAAAGUCAGUGGUGGUGGCCGAGGAAGGCUCGCGGCUCAACCAGUACCAUCUGAUCGGCCAGACGGCCGGGACCGAGGACAUCUACACCAGCAGAGGUCAAUACACCGUGAUGAUGGCUCACUUCUACCUGAAGAGGAAGAUCGGCUACUUCGUCAUCCAGACCUACAUGCCCUGCUUCAUGACGGUCAUCCUGUCGCAGGUUUCCUUUUGGCUCAACCGGGAGUCUGUGCCGGCGCGGACCGUCUUUGGUGUGACCACCGUGCUCACCAUGACCACCCUCAGCAUCAGCGCUAGGAACUCUCUUCCUAAAGUGGCCUACGCCACCGCCAUGGACUGGUUCAUCGCUGUGUGCUACGCCUUUGUCUUCUCCGCGCUCAUCGAGUUUGCCACGGUCAACUACUUCACCAAGAGGAGCUGGGCCUGGGAUGGAAAGAAGGCGAUGGAGGCCCAACAGCCCAAGAAGAAGGACCCUUUGGCUCUGUCUAAGAAACCAAACAACUCCUGUUCGUCCUCUGUGAAUUACACCACCAACCUCACGAAGGACGCGUCCAUCUCCACCAUUUCCAACAGCACGGCUGUUCUGCUUAAACCCUGUGAAGCCAAGGCCCCGGACCCCAAAAAGACUUACAAUAGCGUGAGCAAGAUCGACAAGAUGUCCAGAAUUGUGUUCCCAGUGCUGUUUGGGACCUUCAACCUGGUGUACUGGGCCACGUACCUCAACAGGGAACCGGUGAUCAAAGGAGCCGUUUAA